GCUGCUGAUUUACAACUCGACAUUGGAAAUGAACAUCCAUUUCCUCUGACCCAAUUGCCUGAAAGCUGCGGCCACUCGCUGCAGCAGAGCACUUUGGGUCUUGUUUUGGUUGCUCCCUAUGAUGGCUGCAAUGUGAUACAAGAGAAUGGCAACUAUGUGGUCUCAAUGAUGUGGCUAGAGGCUGAAGUAAAAUUGACCUGCCCCAUUUUGCAAAGUCCUGAUGCAACGCCUGCUCAGCAUCCCUGGAAACAUCCUGUACCUCACAGGCCCUCAAGCUUUUAUCAUCCUAAACGACAUGUAACUCGGCAAAAGGGAAAAUGGAGGGAAGCAACAAUGGGUGUCCGAGAGGGGACCAUUGUGUUCGGCAGGGGUGCUGAGUCUCACGUCGCAAACGGCAACAGGAAAGCACCGUCCAACGCUUCUGCUGUGGAGGAUGAAAGGGCUUAUCAAGCGGACUCUGCAGGCUUGUCAAACGGACAAGCACAGGAUACCAGUCCCAGAGAAGCGUCAUGGAAGCGCAUGGCACCUUCCCUGCAGUGCGGCGGGGACCAGAUGAAGUUCAGAGCAGUGGGACCUGGAGCUUCACAGUUUGCAGUGGAUCAAGGAAAUGCACACCCAAUGCCUCUGUCCCUGGUCCCCUCCACUUGUGGCUACACCAUGCAGAUGAACUCUCUUGCACUUGUAAUGCUGGUUCCAUAUGAUGGCUGCAAUAUGGUUCAAGAGCGGGUGAAGUUACAUGCUGCCACAGCAGCAGGAAUCCCAGCGUCUCACUCUGGGUUAUCCUCAUUACCACUCAGUACCCACGACUACCACAGCAGCACCAAUGGCUACUUUGACCACCACUGCAGUCAGCAGCCAAAGAUCCUGAAGCUAUGGUUCAGUCUCCCUGGCUACCACCUUAUCCUGGUAUCUUCCUGCCUCUGCCAACCUCGCAGAGACCACUACAACUACUCAAAAAUGACGAUCAAGCUCCAAUAA